UGUUGUAUGACAAUAACAUACUAGUAUAAUGUUUUAACUGAUUACUUUGAAAUCAUGAGGAAGUUCUUCAAAAAAUGAAAUAAUGUGCAUGGCAUAGUAAUGAAACUAAUGUAACAUAGUUUUUGUAAACUGGGAAGACACACCUCCAAGGAAUAGAGACUCCGCCCAUUUCAUUUCCAUGCUAUCUUUUAGAUAUUUUGAGAGUUUCUUCCUGACACUUACUAGAUUACAGAACUUCAAUGGGAUGCAAACGUGAAAGUCACAAAAAAUCAUUAUCAACUGCUUUAUUUGUGAAAUUGGUGGUGUUGUGCUUCAAGGCAUGUUUAAAGUUCAAAUAUAAAUAUUGAUAUUGAAGAUCUGUUAUGAGUACCAUGCAGUGGAGAGGAAUUAUGACAUGGUGUUGAAAGGCUGUUUUUGAAUACUAAAUCUUCAUAAGUGAAAUUUGGUGAAUAAAAAAACAAACAGCUACGAACAUGGCAAAUUGUGCCCCGUGCUUUAUCUCAGUGCUGGCAGCAGUGGAGUUUUUCCUUAUGCAUAUUCUCCCUUUAACAAACAAUGCACCUGCAGAGGAUUAUCGUUGGAACCCUAGAAACUGCAGCUUCAUCAACUCAAGUCAUGGACUAUCGGUCAACUGCAAGAACAAAGGGCUUUCAGAUGUCCCACCACACUUGCCUAAGGAGGCCACACUCCUGGACCUAUCUAAAAACAACUUGACAAUCCUGCAUAAUAGUUCAUUUGAGGAUGUCCCAAAUCUUGUUUCUCUGAUUGCUUCUGAAAACCCCAUUUCAUUUAUUGAAACCAAGACUAUGUGGCCACUGACAAAACUGAGAUCCCUCCUGUUGAUUUCUUGUCAUCUCCAGACAAUGUCACCACUGCUCUUCAUAAAGAACAAUCUGCUUACAAGACUUCAGUUGAGACGAAAUCAUCUGAAUGUAAUACCUUCCGAAACGCUCUCAGUCAUUACAAGACUGUCGGCGAUGGAGUUAAGUUAUAAUCGGAUACGUGGUCUCAACUUUGAUGGGUAUCCAAUACAUCAUAAUCUAAAACGGAUUAACCUUAUGUUAAAUAGCAUUGAAGAAGUUCAUCCGAGCGAUUUCCUCCCUCUGCAAAAUUCUUCCAUCUCAUUUUUGUCAUUAGCCUCAAAUAAGAUUAAGAAGUUACACAGGUAUGCAUUUCAUCACCUGCAUUCAAUUAAGAGUCUACAUCUAGAGGGCAAUCAGCUGAAUUCUUUUGAUAUUCAGCCUUUUCUAGGUAUGACAUCGAUUGGAGAAUUAUCCGUCUAUGGUUGUGAAAUCUAUCAGCUUCUUCCGCUUGGCAAUGCAUCAUAUCAAAACGAGAGUAUUCCAUCAGUAUCUAUUCUUCAAAUGAGAGGUAAUAUGAUAAAGAAUGUACCCACUGGUUCAUUUUGGGGUUUUACAAGACUUCAAACCCUUGUUCUGAGGGAAAACAAAAUAAGAACAUUUGGUAAUCAAUCAUUCUGUCUGCUUAGAUCUCUUAGAGAACUGGACAUUUCCAAUAAUGAUAUAGAAUCGAUACCAGCUCAAACAUUUGCUUGCUUACCCAGACUAAUGAAGUUGAAUGUGUCACACAAUUUUAUAAGAACUCUUUCGCCACUGUCCUUCAAUGGAAUUCCAAGGAUAACAUUUAUUGGACUGUCCCAUAAUACAAUUGUAGAUUUGAACAGUGAUAAAACUGUUUGGACUCUUGAAACCCUCCUUAAACUUGAUAUAUCAAACAACGAUAUACGUUCCAUUUCUCAAAGUAUAUUUAAAGGGCUCACAUAUUUAACAGAAUUAAAUUUAUCUUUCAAUCCAUGCUAUUUUUAUAGUGCCAAAGCAUUCAAAGAUCUUCCAAACUUGGAAAGAUUACUACUGUUUAAUCAGAAGAAGAUCUAUCUACAGACUACCUUCCAGCAACUUCAUACAGUCCUUUACUUGGAUAUUUCAAAUGCUCAAGUCAAAGCUUCACGAUAUUCAAUAGAACAAUUUGUCAAUAUGACUCACCUUCAUGAUCUACAUAUUAAGAGAGCACAGCUGACAAGCGGUGACCUCUAUGAUGACAUCAGCAAUCAGUCUCUAUUUACUGGACUCUAUUCAUUGAAAAAAUUGCACCUCAGGGAAAACUACUUACAUAGCCUGGACAGCAGGGUGUUCAACAACCUUCCAAACCUGUUCUACCUUGAUAUGAAAAACUGUAGAAUUCUUGAACUGAGGCCAACAUUGUUCCAUUCUCUGCCCUCUCUUGCUAUUUUAUACCUCAGUGGCAACAAAUUGGUGAAGAUUUCGGAAGACACAUUCCAUGGUCUCUUUUACUUGAGGGUGCUUUACAUCCAAAAUAACAGCCUCCAUGGUCUGGAGACAACAACGUUUGCCCAGAAUUCAAGACUUACUGACCUCUAUCUUCCUGGAAAUCAAAUCAGUAUCAUUAAACCAGGAACAGUUUUGCCAUCGAACAACUCUCUUCGGUUGGAUGUAUCCAGAAACCCAUUCACUUGUGGAUGUUCGUUGACAUGGUUCAGGCAGUGGCUCGACACAGCUGACAUUGAUUUUAGGCAUCCAAACCAAACAGUGUGCUCCAGUACUUCAUUGAAGGAACUGAACAAUAAACCCAUUCUUUCAUUCCAGCCUAAAGAUCACUGCGGAGUGAACAUUGUUCUCAUUGCAGUUCUUUCCUUCUCAGGUCUCCUGGUUGUUAUGCUGGCCAUGCUUGCAUACCAUAAACGAUGGUGGCUGAAUCACAAACUCUUCCUCCUCAAACUUGCUGUCGUUGGCUACGAGGAAAUGGAAGAGGAAUUCAAUGCUGACAACUACCAUUAUCAUCUCAACCUAAUGUUCCAGGAAACAGAACAGGAAUGGGUCAAUCAGAUCAUGAAACCUGUCCUGGAGGAGAGGUUGCCACAUCUGCAGAACAUCAUCUUUGGAGAUGAGGAUCUUCACCUGGGUAUGUACUACGUCAAUGCACUCUAUGAUGCCAUCGACAACAGCUUCAAGACAGUCUUGUUGAUCAGCAACCAGUCUGUGAAAGAUGCCUGGACAAUGACCAAGCUCCGCAUGGCUCUGGAGCACGUCAAUGACACGGCAUUUGACAAAGUCAUCCUGAUCUUUAUAGAGGAGAUAGAGGAUGAGAACAUGCCAUACCUCGUCAGGUUGUUCCUGAGUAGGAACAAACCUUACAUGUUGUGGACGGAUGAUGCAGAUGGGCAGGAACUAUUCUGGGCCCAAUUUGAAAGAAGCAUGAGUACAAACAGGGCUAUAAACAAUGCUAUUCCACUGUAAAAGAAUAUGAUAUUGACUGACACUGACGAGAACAUUAUGUAUGUUGCCAUAACAAGAUCAUAAUUUCCUGUUCUGUUAUUUCUUUGAGGGCAACAUUUUUUUAUAUUACCUGAAUGUAGAAUUGGCCAAUACUAUUAUCACCUACAGAUAUUAAAAGUAUGUACAACUUGUUUGUCCAUCUGAAUUUCAUUUAUAAUUAAUAGUAUGAAGAAGCCAAUUUAAUAGAUGAAAUGCUUUAGAUG